AUUGGUACUACAUAGCUUUUAAUAAGAUUUGAGGAGGAGAAAAUUUGAACAAAGCGAGGGGAGAGAUCGACAAAAAUGGCGGCAAUCUGCUGCUAUGUGCCACCAUCUCCAACCCUACAAUGCAGGAGAGCUGUUCAUGGCUUCCGAUGCUGCUCCGUUGCGCCGAAUAACCACAAGAAGAAAGAAAGGCCAUCGCCACACCUGUUGAAAUUCGCAGUUAGCGGAGUUACAGAGCUUCUACGCUUUCUAUCCUCCCCCAAACACAGAUCUGAUGCAGUGAGUUACGAACAGAGAGAUGACAUUUCAGUUUCUGCCGUUGAUGAUGUUCUAAUGAUCCUCAAGUCAGAUUAUGAGAAUGCUUAUUUCGUUACAGGAAUUUUUACUUCUGCAAUCUAUACAGAAGAUUGUAUUUUCGAGGAUCCAACUAUUAAAUUCCGUGGUAAAGACUUGUAUUCACGCAACUUGAAAUUGCUUGUACCUUUCUUUGACUGUCCAUCAAUUGUGUUACAAAAGAUUGAGAAGGGUAUUGAUUCAGAAACAAAUUUUGUAUUCGCAAAGUGGAAACUAAGGACCUAUCUCAAACUUCCAUGGAGGCCUUUCAUUUCUGUUGAUGGAAGUACGGUGUAUGAUUUAGACAACAAAUUUAAAAUUGUUAGGCAUGCUGAGAGUUGGGAUAUAUCUGCCCUCGAAGCAAUAGUGCAGAUAUUUACUCCUAAUUUUGGAAAGCCUGGUGAUUGAACAUCCUGUGUUUCUAGAGAUCUCAAGGAAGUUCAUACCAAUUUCAAGUAGUAGCUGCUGACUUGAUUAUUAAGGUUCCAUUGAUCAUUUGAAGAGCUAGUGGAGUUGCAGAUUUGCUUGUUAGAGACUAGCAUGAUAUUGUAUAACAAGUGUUUAAUAUAAUGCCUGUGAUCUUAUUUUUAAGGAAUUAAAUUGAUGUAUGAUGAGAAUUUUAUUUAAUAUUGUUGAAAAUUGUAUCUUUGUGGACAUUUUAUGGACUGUUCUUUAGGAUUCUUAUGAGUUGUAGCUUGAAGUAGGUGUUUGGGGAUGAAUAAGGAUUUUGUAUUUUUGUGUUUGGGUACCUCUUUAAUUAUUAUUAUUAUUAUUUUUGUCAUUA